ACCGCUCAGCACCGUUCAGCCCGGGGCCAGAGAUCAAGGAUCCUCGCUCGGCCUCCUUCUCCUUCUCCUCCUGGUCCAUUGUCGCGCCCACGCCAAACUCGCCGAGUCUCUCAGCAGCCUGUAGACCCUCUUUCCCCAGCUGUCCAAGAGCCUGGCAUCUGAGAGGGAGUCGCCCAUCGACCGACCGCUGGCCAACUCGCCACCAGGGGAAAAAAGAAGACAAGAGGAGGACGAGGAGGUGGGGGAGGCGAAGAAGAACGAGGAGAAGAAGGAGACCAAGUGGUAAGCUGAAGAAGAGGACGAAGGAGAAGAAGAAGAUCGGAGGACACGACAGCAGAUCGUCAACGCCUCAAAACAAUCUCAGUGGUCGCUUUUCUGCCAAACAUCAGACGAGGACACGAGGAUCCCAGGAGGUGGAACCAGUGGUGCGAGGUGACCGCCCCCAUCCCACUGAUUGGUCAAUUCCGCUGGGACUUUUUGCAUUUAGAUCGGACCAAAGUAUCCCGACAUUCCCUCUGUAAUCGACGACGAGCAUCAUGGCUUCCAAGAAAGGUGGCACCGUGAACUCCCUGCACAAAGUGAUCAUGGUGGGUUCAGGAGGUGUGGGCAAAUCGGCCCUCACACUCCAGUUCAUGUAUGACGAGUUCGUGGAAGACUACGAACCCACCAAGGCCGAUUCCUAUCGCAAGAAGGUCGUCUUGGACGGCGAGGACGUUCAGAUCGACAUUCUGGAUACGGCCGGACAAGAGGAUUAUGCCGCGAUUCGGGACAACUACUUCCGAUCCGGCGAAGGCUUUCUGUGCGUAUUCUCCAUCACCGAAGACGAGUCGUUCCAAUCGAGUCAGGAGUUCCGGGAACAGAUCUUACGCGUCAAGAACGACGAUUCGAUUCCUUUCAUCCUGGUGGGUAACAAAAGUGAUUUGACGGAAAGGCGCCAAGUGUCGCUGAAGGUGGCACAAGACAGAGCUGAGGCGUGGAAGGUGCCCUAUGUGGAGACUUCGGCCAAGACCCGCGAAAAUGUGGACAAAGUCUUCUUUGACCUCAUGCGGGAAAUCCGUGCUCGGAAAAGUGAAAACGAAGGCAGUGGAGGCAAUGCCAAGGCCAAGAGUAGGGGCAAGAAAAUCAAGUGCACCCUUCUCUAAGAAAAGCAAAGAGCGAGUUCGUGGCCGCAACCAAGAUCCGAGAAUCGUGCUACGUGAACAACAAAGAGGACCGAUCUUGUCGAAGAAAAACUUUUAGAGACUCGAUCAUCGCCGUUCCAAGUUCAGUCUGUUGUUACUUCUGGGUAAGUCCUAGUGGUUCAUCCUCUUCAAGUGUUACAACAACAAUAACCACUACCACAACAACAUCAGCAACCAAUGAUAUUCAAACCCAGCAAUCUUCGCAAAGCGUUUGCUCCAAGUAUGUCACGGAUGGGGAAAAGGGACACGAAAAUCUGAGAUAUAUUUAUGUACGGUACCCUCCCAAGAAAGUUGCCCCCCUCGGCCUGUCAUUUUAUCAUUAUCCCUCAUUCAUUCACGUUCAUUUAGUCGUUCUCCCCCGGAAGAGACCCGCGAAACCUUCUCCUGAAUUCCUGAAUAAAAAACCAUUUCUCUCCCGAUAGCUUGAUUUGUACCUCCACUUGGAGGUGCCUUCGCCUAUGUUCUUCAUAUUUGUCUCGUUGUAAGCACAGGAUUAUUGUACACAAGCCGACUUAUCAAAAGAAAGGGGCCUUCUCCCCUCCCCCGUUUUUAGAGAUGAGCACCAGAUUUGGUUGUAUUAUGAGACCAUUACCAUUCUUGCGAUGACUGACGAGAAACUUGAAAAUCGCCUGCUUUCCCCCAACAAUUGACCUUUGUGUUUGAAGUGUUCAAAAGAGAUUUUCGUUCUAUGUUUACGUAUUGUCGCUAUUAUUCUUAUUACAUUACUACAACAAAUGA